UCCGCUGCCCCCGUCAGGCCGCAUCUCCCUCGCGCAGCUCGCUCCCUGCGAGCCUGCUGCCUACUUCAGUCCGCGCUCGCCGGUGGCUCCCCUCCGGCCGCCGCUCCGUACGCCCGCCCCGCUCGGCCCGACUCGCGCGGCUCCCCUCCGUCCGGCAGAGGACGAAGAGGCCGGCGUGGUGCCCGCCCGCCUCCACGAUGUUAUUUUGUUCUUUCUGUUGGUCUCUCUUAUUCUGCUUCUCAGAUCUGAAAUAUUUUGUUGACUUCUUCUAUUCUUCUUGCGUCUUAAGUAGGAGAUCGAGGACAAUGGCCAUCUUCUCAUCCGCCCACCUUGCCCUCCGCCGGUCACUAAUGGUGGCGCCACGAGCUGCAUCUCUUGGGGAGAGUCUUCGGCAAGCCUCAGAUGGACAUUUCACGGGAAGGCUGCUCCAUGGCCAACUCCUCCUGCGCUGCUUCACCUCGGAUGUAUUUGGACCCAACAAGAGUUUCCCCCCUUCUGGGUCUGAAAUUGCUUCAGAAUUGAAGGCACAUCAGAAUUUCAACAUAAUCAAUUCUCUCCGUCAAGAUUUAAAUUCUAAGACACAAUUCAACUUCAAUAAUGCAGAUAAUGGUGGGACAGCGUUAAAGACAGCUGGUGGAGAGAAACCUUUCAACCUUGGGGGGCGCUUUCCAUUUCCUACUUCGCGAAUGUUUAAUGAACGUGAACAAUAUUCACAGAAGAAGAGAGAUUUUAUCCAUGUCUUACUGAAGAAAAAUAAGACCUUUGUGACGGUGACAGAUGCUAGUGGUAAUAAAAAGACUGGAGCCUCUGCUGGUUGUUUGGAGGACAGAAAAGGUCGAUCGCGUCUCUCUCGAUAUGCUGCUGAAGCAACUGCCGAACAUGUCGGGCGUUCUGCCAGGAAGAUGGGUUUAAGGUCUGUUGUCAUGAAAGUGAAAGGGGUUUCUUUUUUCAAGAAGAAGAAGAAAGUGAUCCUGGGCUUUAGGGAAGGGUUUCGAGGGGAAAGAGUUAGAGAUCAAUCUCCUAUCAUGUACAUCCAUGAUGUCACCCAACUUCCGCAUAAUGGAUGCCGACUCCCAAAACAACGCCGGGUUUAGUUCUCUGUGAACUGAAAUUAAAUUUGAGUAGGAAUAAGUUGAAUUUUUGAAGGUGAUCUGGAAGGCUUUUGUAAGCUGGCAGGUGUUCCGUCUCUUGGCUCUCUGCAACUUGUUGGGCUAUACAGCCUAGUUUCUGUCCUACUUAUGCUAUUCAGUGAGUUAUGGACAAUUCUUUUUUAUGGGUGGAAUGCUGAUAUAUACCAUAAAUCUGAACUGUUGUAUGAUAAAACAAUAAUGUGUUUUGCCCAUAGGCUAUAGUUUUCCGA